CGCGUCGUCGGCGUCGGCGUCGACGUCGACGAUCGAGAUGACCGCGCCCGUCUACCCCGCGUGGUCGAACGCGCCGGCGCGGACGCUGGCGCAUCACGACAGCGACGAAACCGUCGGGAUCGCGUCGGCGUCGGUGGACGAUCGGCGCGCGCGCGCGGGCGGGCACAACGAGCUCGAGCGCGAGCCGGGGAAGGCGCUGUGGAGACUGGUGCUGGAACAGUUCGAUGACGCGCUGGUGAAGGUGCUGCUGGCGGCGGCGGCGGUGUCGCUGGCGCUGGCGUACGCGGAGGGCGGCGCGGAGGAGGGACUCGCGGCGUACGCGGAGCCGGCGGUCAUCGCGCUGAUUUUGGUGCUGAACGCGAUCGUCGGGGUGUGGCAGGAGAGCAACGCGGAGCGCGCGCUGGAUGCGCUGAAGGAGAUGCAGAGCGAACACGCGAAGUGCCUGAGAGACGGUCGAUGGAACGGCUCGCUCGAGGCGCGGGAAUUGGUGCCGGGGGACGUGGUGGAGCUGAAGACGGGCGAUCGAGUGCCGGCGGAUUGUCGAGUGAUUCGAUUGAAGACGGCGACGGUGCGCGUGGAGCAGGCGUCGUUGACUGGGGAAUCCGUGGCGGUGGAUAAGCGCGUGGAGAGCGUGAAGGAUGAAGACAUCGAGUUGCAAGGGAAGACGUGCAUGCUGUUCGCCGGCACGGCGGUGUCCAACGGAUGCUGUCUGUGCGUGGUGAACUCGACGGGUAUGUCGACCGAGAUCGGGAAGAUUCAGUCGCAAAUCAAAGAAGCGAGCGAGGAAGAGGAGGAUACGCCGCUGAAGCAAAAGCUCGAUCGAUUCGGUGAGAGCUUGACGAUGAUGAUUGGCGUCAUUUGCCUUCUCGUGUGGUUGAUCAACUACAGGCACUUUGUUCAAUUUGAGUUCAAGGCUGGGUCAACGAUCCCCAGCGUGGCGUUUGAUCUCGUGAAGUGUACGUAUUAUUUCAAAAUCGCCAUCGCUCUCGCCGUGGCGGCUAUUCCCGAAGGCUUACCGGCGGUAAUCACGACGUGCUUGGCGCUCGGUACAAGAAAGAUGGCGAAGAAGAACGCCAUCGUUCGCAAGUUGCCGAGCGUGGAAACUCUUGGUUGCACGAGUGUUAUUUGCAGCGACAAGACGGGUACGUUGACCACGAAUCAAAUGUCUGCCGUAAAGCUCAUCACCGUGCGCGAUGAGACUCACUUGACGACAUACACCGUCGAAGGGACGACGUACAACCCCACCGAGGGUGGCGUCGUCGGCGCGCCGAAAAAGCUUGACGCGAGUUUGCGCGCCAUCGCUAAGAUUUCUGCUUUGUGCAACGGCGCUCAGUUGGAGUACAAAAACGAUGCGUACAAGUGCGUCGGUGAACCGACGGAAGGUGCGCUCAAAGUUUUGUGCGAGAAGAUUGGUUUGGAUGACAUGCGCGGCGUCGCCAAGAAGCGCUCCUCCAAACCCGAGCAACACGCACAAAUCGUGUGCGACAUGAUUGAAAGUGCACACGACGUCCGGGCAACUUUAGAAUUCGAUCGUGAUCGCAAGUCGAUGAGCGUCAUCGCGAGUGAAAAGACCGAUAGCAAGCGGGGUAGCGCCAACGAACUCCUCGUCAAGGGGGCGCCUGAAGUGUUGCUUGAACGCUGCGCGUUUGUGCAGAUGCCGGACGGCGCGACGGCGCCGCUUUCCGCAACGAUGCGAAAUGUCAUCCUCAACGAACAAGCGACGAUGGCUCGCGACGCGCUGCGAUGUCUCGCGUUCGCGAAAAAGGUUUCGCUUGGUGAUUUGUCUUCGUACGACGGAUCAGAGAAGCACAAGGCGCACAAGGUGCUCAAGGAUCCGUCCGCGUACGCGUCCAUCGAAUCCGAUUUAAUCUUCGUUGGCAUGACUGGUUUGCGAGAUCCCCCGAGACCGGAAGUCGCUGGAGCCAUUAAGGCGUGUCACACUGCCGGUAUUCGCGUUAUCGUCAUCACCGGCGACAACAAGCUUACCGCGGAGGCGAUUUGCACCGAAAUUGGCGUCUUCAAGUCUUCGGCGGACGUUAAGGGGAAAUCCUUCACCGGUCGUGAAUUCGCUGCGAUGUCCAAAUCUAAGCAACUCAAAGCGCUUCUUGGUGAAGGCGGUCGCGUGUUCAGUCGCACUGAGCCCAAACACAAGCAAGACAUCGUUCGUCUCCUUCGCGAUAGCGGCGACGUAGUCGCCAUGACGGGCGACGGUGUCAACGACGCGCCGGCGUUGAAGCUCGCGGAUAUCGGUAUCGCCAUGGGUAUCGCCGGUACUGAGGUCGCGAAGGAAGCGUCCGACAUGGUUCUCGCCGACGACAACUUCAGCACCAUCGUCGAAGCCGUCUCCGAGGGUAGAAGCAUCUACAACAACAUGAAGGCGUUCAUUCGAUACAUGAUUUCUUCCAAUGUCGGCGAAGUGGUGAGCAUUUUCCUUACCGCUGCGCUUGGCAUGCCCGAGGGCUUGGUGCCGGUGCAGCUUCUUUGGGUGAAUCUCGUCACCGAUGGUCCUCCGGCCACGGCGCUCGGUUUCAAUCCUCCGGACAAAGACAUCAUGACGAAGCCGCCGAGACGAAAGGACGAAGAUCUCUUAUCCAACUGGGUCAUGUUCAGAUACGCCGUCGUCGGUCUUUACGUCGGCGUCGCUACCGUGGGCGCGUUCGCGAUUUGGUUCACGCGCACUAGUUUCAUGGGUAUCGACUUGAGCCAAGACGGUCACACGCCCGUGACUUUCAAGCAGCUGACAAACUGGGGCGAGUGCGCGAGCUGGAAAAAUUUCAAGGGAGGCAAAUUCACCGCCGGCGGCGUCGCGUACUCUUACACCGGUAAGCACGCGUGCGAUUACUUCGAGGCGGGCAAAGUGAAAGCGUCGACGCUUUCGCUCACUGUUCUUGUCGCGAUCGAGAUGUUCAAUGCGCUCAACGCGCUUUCGGAGGACGGAUCGUUGGUGACCAUGCCGCCGUGGCGCAACCCGUACCUCCUCAUCGCCAUGCUUGUCUCCUUUGGCUCGCACUUCUUGAUCAUGUACGUUCCGUACUUCGCGGAAAUUUUCUCCAUCGUCCCGCUGGAUUUCAACGAAUGGAUGCUCGUCCUUCUGUGCGCCGCACCGGUGUGCUUGAUCGACGAAGUUCUGAAGGUUUUCGGCCGCGUCUCGGCGCGAAGAGAACUCAAGGCUCGACUCGGGUACUAGAGUUCUACGUAGCACGCGUCGUCGAACGGUACU